AUGCAGUGUUUAACAGAGUUCUUCCUAACUGGUAUCAUUUUUCUCUACAGGAAAGUUCCACUGUUUGGUCUGGAAGCAAUAUGGAGGAAUGGUGUGGCGGUAGGGCACAUUCGUAGAGCUGACUUUGGUUUUGCCAUUAACAAAACCAUUGCUUAUGGCUACAUCAGGAACCCCGAUGGGGGGCCGGUCAGUCUGGAUUUUGUACGCAAUGGGGAGUACGCCCUGGAGAGGAUGGGGGUGACCUACACGGCCGAAGCCCACCUCAAGUCUCCGUUUGAUCCAAACAAUAACCGAGUCAAAGGCAUUUAUUGACA